UUAGUGAGUCAGUGAUGAAGGUAUUUAUAUUAUCUAUUGUUUACAUAAAAAUUCGAUCGAAAAGCAACGUAACACUAAGGAUGGAGUCCUUCUGGAGCAGGCUGGUGUUCUGGAGGCGGGUCCCCCUCCACCACCACGAGAUGUACAGGGUGUGCGAGAAGUGCGGGCACGACGGCAGCCUCAUGAACACGGCCGCCAUGAAGCGUCUCAAGGACAUCUACAAGCUGGACUCGGUGUGCGGCUGCGUGCAGGCGUGCUGCAUGUACAUCGGGCCGCCGGAAGAUGCCGCCCCGGGCGCCGAGGCGGAGAUUGCCGAAGCGGGCCGGGCGGACGAGCCCGAAGUGGUGGUGGAGGUGGAACCGGAUCCGCUGCGGGCUCUCCCGUCCACCACGGUCUACGACAUCGCGGCGGAAGAGUUCUGGCCGCCGCACCAGCGGCGCUACAUGACGCCCGCGGCGCUCGCUGAGGCGAGGAGGAACCCCAGAGACCCCGGGAAGAAGACCUGACUUCGUCCCGAGACCACACAACGUCGCGCCGCUUCCAAACCGUCGCUUGGUUUUGAAUUGUUUUGGCGCGUUCUGAUUAGGUUGAGGUUAUGUUCGACCGACAUUUUGCGUCAUAUAAUCACACAUUUGAUAACACGCUGUUAGGGAACAUCCUGUUUCGUUUGAGGUUAUGUUCGACCAACAUUUUCGUCAUAUAAACACAAUUAAUAAGCACACUUUAAAGGCGCAUCAUGUUUAGUUUGAGGUUAUGUUCAACCAAGGUUUUUGUCGUAUAAACACACUUAAUCGACCACACUUUAGGGCGCAUACUGUUUAGUUUUAGGUUAUGUUUGACCAACAUUUUUGUCAUAUAAAUUCAAUUAAUAACCACACUUUAAAGGCGUAUUCUGUUUAGUUUGAGGUUAUGUUCGACCUACAUUUUCGGCAUAUAAUCACACACUUAAUACCACGCUUUUAGGGAACAUCCUGUUUUGUUUGAGGUUAUGUUAACAAACAUUUUAGUAAUAUAAACACACUUAAUAACCACACUUUAAGGGCGCAUCCUGUUUAGUUAGAGGUUCUGUUCGACCAUAAUAUACUGCCAUAUAAAUUCACAUUUAAUACCACGCAUUUGGGGUGCAUCCUGUUUUUUUAUUGGUUGAUUUCGACCAAAUAUUUUUUUUCCAUCUUAAUACACACAUAAUACCACGAUCUUAGAAUUUUUAGGCGCAUCAUACUUUUUCGUUUAAGGUUAUGUUCGAACAUAAUUUUUUCAUAUAAAUACACACUUUAUACCACGCACUAUGAAUUUUAACGUGCAUCCAGAUAAAGUUUUAGGUUAUCUCUAGCAUCAUUUUUAAUGAAAAAACUAACUUAUUAUACGCCAUUUGAGUUUCAGGAUAUGUUCGACCAAAAAUUAUUUUAAUCUAAACACACACCUAAAACCACGUUCUUUUAAUUUUUAGGCGCAUCCUUUUUCGUUUUAAGUUAUUUUGGAUCGAAAUUUGUAUCAUAUUAAUACACGCUUAAAACUAUGUUUUUCCUUGCUCAGUUUAAUUACAAACUGAAGUAUAAAAACAUGUAGUUCUGAGUCUUGUUGAAUACAUUCGGUAAAACACGGUUUUUAAAACAUUUUCAAUAGUUACAAGUAAAUUAAAGCAUCACUGAACGAAAAACUGUGGGUUUCUAGUUGUGUUCUUGGUAAUUGGUUAUGAGGUGUAACUCUGGAAUUGAUUGGUUCAUGAUAAACACUGGAACAGAAUAUUUAAAAUCAUAUAGUAAAUCUAUCCUGAACGAAAGAGGGCAUACGCAUUGUUACUCCAAAAAUAUGUUUCUUAAACAGUAAUGUUAUGAAAUAAAUAUUUUAUGAAUCGGA